AUGAAUCUGAAUUUCGAAGACAUUGCAGCUCAUGUAAGUGAUUAUAUUAAGAAUGAAAACUUCUUCGAUACAUUCAAGAUUGAAGACAUCAAGAGAAUCAUGAAAUAUUCACAUUUGACAACUGAUCAGUACGUUACUCUUCUCAAACAAUCUCAUUCAACUAUUAGUGCCAAAAAGUUAUAUUUAUGUACACGUGAUGCAAAAGUUACUAUCCAAAAUCUCGACGAAGUUGUUUUAAUUCUGAGGGCUGUCAAAAAAUACAUGAAAUUCAAAACAUUUGACAGUAUUAUUGAUGCUUUAAAUCAAAAAGAGAAAGAAAUGAGUGAUUUUACCCAAGAAAUUAAACAACUUCAAGAUAAAUUAAAAGAAUUUCAAAAUGAAAAUGAAAAUGCAACCAAAAAAGCGCCUAUCAGUCAAACUAAUGAAAAUUACAAUCAUGCACAAUAUAUUUUAACUAAAAUCACAGAACUUAAGCAAUCUAAUGAUUUUAAAGCUGUUUACAAAUUCUUUGAUGAUCUUUCUUCGACAGGAAACCAUGAAAUGAUUUCAAAAUCAUGCGAAGAAGGACUUUGA